CAUGCAACAUUGUCAAGAGACUCAAAACUGUCUUGAAUACUCGUAGCUGCCACCUAAUUCCCCUGUAUCGUCAGCCAUAGUUCACGCUUGAACAUUUCUCAUCUCUCCCCCCCUCUUAUUUAUUUCCCCUCAAAGCUCUCCCACAUUAACUCCCUCUGCUUCUAAAGUCAGCAGCUCCCCUAGUUUAUAUUUCCCAUUUCGCACAAUUUUUUUCUCAAAAAACCAAUUACACUCCUCUCAUUCUUUCCCUCUAGCCCUGCCUCACUACAUAAGGCCAUGGUUCGAGCCAGUGCAGUGUUUUUAGUAACACUCCUAUGUUUCCUGACCACCCCUCUAGGCACCUCAAGUGAUGAGCAGUUCAACUACUUGAAGAUCCCGGCAAAUGAGUUCGUGACCUCAGUGAAAUCCACACUAGAUAUUGUGCAACAAGUCAUGUCUCUCGUUUCAGGCUUCGGUAACGCAUUCGGCGAUGAGCGUGUCUCGAAUGCAAUUUCGGAUUGCAUUGAGCUUCUUGAUCUUUCUACUGAUCAGUUAACUGACACUCUCUCUGUCUCUCAAAAUCCUCGAAAUGGUAAAGACAACAGCACGGGUCAUCCGGGUGCAGACAUGAAAACAUGGUUAAGUGCUGCACUUGUGAAUCAGGACACUUGUUCAGAAGGCUUUGAUGGAACAAACGGCGUGGUCAAGGCUUUAGUAGCUGGAAGUCUUAACCAAUUAAGUUCCUUAAUCCUCCAGAUCCUCGGCAAUGUGGCUAUAAAUGGAGGAGGUAACAGAAUAAGUGGCGAUCCUGAGCACGUUCCAGCGUGGAUGAAAGGAAGGAAGCUGAUAAGUGGCGAAGAAUUUCCAAAAUGGAUGAAACCGAAUGACAGGAGACUGCUUCUACAAGUAAAUGGAGUGAAUGCAGAUGCGGUGGUGGCAGCAGAUGGCAGUGGAACUUUUAGUACGAUUAGUGAGGCUGUGAAGGCGGCCCCUGAUCACGGCCAAAGAUUUGUGAUAUAUGUGAAGAAAGGUGUGUACAAUGAGUAUGUGGAGAUUAGCAAGAAGAAGUGGAACAUUAUGAUGAUUGGAGAUGGUAUCGAUGUCACGGUUAUUUCUGGCAAUCGCAACUUCAUCGAUGGCUGGACCACCUAUCGUUCUGCAACAUUUGCUGUUAAAGGACAGGGAUUCAUAGCCAGAGACAUCACAUUUCAGAACACAGCAGGCCCCCAAAAACAUCAGGCAGUUGCAUACCGUUCCGACUCUGAUUUAUCUGUCCUAUACCGCUGUGCAUUUCGCGGUUACCAGGACACUCUCUACGCUCACUCCCAACGACAAUUCUUCCGCGAAUGUCAAAUCACAGGCACAGUCGAUUUUAUAUUCGGUGAUGCUUCUGCAGUUUUCCAAAACUGUCAGAUUCUAGCACGAAAAGGCUUGCCAAACCAAAAGAACACUAUCACAGCUCAAGGCCGAAAGGAGGCCGUUGAGCCUACAGGCUUUUCCAUCCAAUUUUCCAACAUAUCAGUCGAACCCGAUGUUAUGGCUAACUCAACAUACUCUUAUCUCGGGCGGCCCUGGAAAUUAUAUUCGAGGACUGUCGUAAUGCAAUCUUAUAUUAGUAGUGCUAUAAGGCCAGAAGGGUGGCUAGAAUGGAACGAGGCCUUUGCCUUGGACACUUUAUACUAUGCAGAGUACUUAAAUUCGGGACCUGGUGCAGGCGUGGGCAGCCGGGUUAAGUGGCCUGGUUUUCAUGCGUUGAAUAGCUCGGAUCAGGUUAACAGUUUCACGGUGGCUAACUUUUUGUUGGGUAAUUCGUGGCUGCCGUCAACUGGCGUUAAAUACACGGCUGGACUGGGGGUUUAGUCGUUCUCAUGAACUCUGAGAAAAAUGUGCAUUUCUGUAUUAGUGGUCUAUUGACUGCUGUUCUCUCUUCUUUGUUCUAUUUUGUUUAUAUGAUUAUGUAUGCUACAGAUUCGGGUUUUGUUCAGUAAAAAUCUGUAUUUGAUUA